GGAUGGGGAUGAUUAUGCAAAUUACGAGUAGUUCAAGGGCAUUUAGUGUAAAUUUCUAUGGAAAGGGUUUAAGCAGGGGAUUUCAUCCCGACUUCCCCGACUUCGUAUCAUUCAGAUCCAAUCGCCACAUCAAGAUGGCCAGCGCCGCCGCUGCCCGAACAUUUUUUCGGUCAACUUCCGUCCGUAACGCCGCCGCUAGAAUUUCCUCCGAAGCCAAAUGCAAAUCCGCCCCGUCUCCCUCUGCCUUCCGCUUCCCAACCACAAAACCUCUUUCUCAUCGCAUAUUCAGGUGUCCAGUUGAAAUGAGCGCUUGCUUGGAAACGAUGCAACCUUUUCAUUCAGUCACUGCUUCGGCUCUGAUGACAUCUAUGCUCACUCUCUCUCGCGGAGGAUACGGUUGGCUUCCUGAAGGAGUUGAUGAUACUAGCUGAAGAUCAAGAAGCAAAAGAAGGAUAAAUUUGGAAUUUUAUUAGCUUGCAAUAAUGAUUUGUGAUGGAUACGAGAGGGAGGAUUCAUGCAAAACUUUCUGAAUGGAUUCAGAAGAAGCUUUAGUCAUCUCCUUAUAAGACUUGAUAACUCACAUGUAGCUACUAAUGUGUUGUUUCUUUUUUCACCUUGUGGAUUUAAUGGAGAUUUAAUUUAAUUUUGUAAGCUAUACACAAGUUUUUUUAACUAAUAAUAAAAGCAAAAAAGAACGACUUAAUAUAGAAA